AUCACAGAUGACUGCGGCUGGUUCAGUUGGAGCCGCCGGUGGUAUUUCUGGAGCCAUUCCCGUCUCUUCUGCUGCCGGUACCAUGACCCUGAUGACUUCGCCGGGUGGCAAAAUCCUCACUUCGAUGGCCCCGAUCGGUACACCACCACAGCAACCAGCAAGCCAGGUUAUGUCAACCGCAAGCGGUACAGCGAUGUCCGGUUCAAAGAUUGGUCUGUUCCAAUCUCCAAAUGCUACGCUACAGUCCGUCCAUGUUUCGGUUCCAACAGCACCAGCAGGUGACAACCUGAUGGCUACAUCUGGGAAGGAGAAGGCAGGAGACGCCAGUGCAAAAGAUUCAGAAACAUCCGUGGCUACAUCCGCGGAGAGUGCAUCCGAUGCGCAAUUAAACGGCUCCAGUAGCACGCCGAUGGAUAUAUCAGUAACGACGGCAACGUCGUCGUCAUCAUCAGUGUCUGUCGGAGGGGCAGUUGCUGCUGUAUCGUCUCUUGCCUCGCUUAUGCCGCCAUCCUCAUUCACCUCGCUGGCUGCUAGUGGAGCUGCGGGUCCAGGUGGAAUUACGACGCUCAGUAACAGCACGAGUGGGACCACGACGACAACGGCCGGAACCAUAGUGGGUUCGUCGCUUACUGGCGAUCAACAAAACACUAUCGGCAAAGAUGGCACAACAGGAAGUCAGCCAGCUUCCACGUCCGUUAGCGCAUCGGUAGCCAUCUCAACGACGACUACUAGCGUGGCAAACAGCAGCAGCACGACCACGACAUCAACGACAACGUCGUUGAGUGCUGCCAUAACGGCGGCGAUCGCAACGGUUACCGGAACGUUGGCCGUCCCUGUGAGCAACAUUGGAGCGAAUGGUGUCCUUUCGACUGGAAGUGGAUCAAUCACGACGGCCAGCAGCAGCAUUUCCGCUGCUACGACAACAUCAGUUUCGUCCCCUGGAGCAGGAUUACCGCCACCGACGCAAUCAAAGGCCGGAGUCAAUUCGGAUAAGGGUGGUAUCCCGAAGGCAACCAUCAAACCGAAUGUUUUAACGCACGUGAUUGAAGGUUACGUGAUACAGGAAGCGAAUGAACCGUUUGCCGUGCAGCGUCAGCGCUAUCCAGAGCGAGAUACUUCCGAUGAACCACCGAAAAAACGUUCAACAAAUGAGGCGAACUCGCCGCUCUCUCCUUCCAGUGCCGCGGCCGCUGGUGGUGGUGACUCGGGUAAUUGUGAGGUAUGCGGCAAGUCGGAGUUGCGCAGCAAGAUGAAACGGAAACGGUUCUGCAGCGUAUCGUGUGCCCGAUCGGCAAAGCAAAACUCAACCGAGCAGAUCUCAUCGCCAGUACAGAACGGAACGGUCGGGAAUGGUGGUAGUGCGCUUGUUGAUACGGUCAUGAACGGUGGCGCGGUGACUACCCUUCCGACACCGAUGGUUGUCGCAGGUGCGGAUCCAUCGCUUAAUCAACUGACAAUGCUUGGCUCCUCGCCGACAGCUGUAGUUCAUUCGAACGUAAAGCUUGAAAUGAAGGACGCUUACGGACAACCUGCGCCACAACAGCAGCAACAGCUGCCAGGUGUGCUUGGUGCGGCUACUCCAUUCGCCCAGCAACAGCAGCAACAGCAGCAGCAACAACAACUAUUGCUUCAACAACAGCAAUCGGCAGCUGCUACCUUGCUUACGGCUGCGGCUGCGCCUCUGACAGUCGGUACUGCACCAACGGGCACCGGUAUGCUGUUAUCGGCGGGAGAUGUAGCCACUCCGGGUGGUCCACAAACGCCUACCGGAUUGGCAGCAGCGGCGGCCGCUGCCGCAGCAGCUUCCGAAGAGAAUUCCUCCAUCUUACGGUGGACGGUGCAGGAUGUGUACGAGUUCAUCCGUGCACUGCCAGGUUGUGCCGAUUACGCGGAGGAUUUCGUGAACCAGGAAAUCGACGGACAGGCACUGCUGCUACUGAAGGAAAACCAUCUCGUCAGUACGAUGGACAUGAAGCUCGGACCGGCGCUCAAGAUUGUGGCGCGAGUGAACCUGAUGAAAACGGCUAUCGCACCUCCCGAGGGACAAUAACUGGUUGCGACAUGUUACGUGGUGUGAGUUGCGUAGGGACACAUGCCCUUUACUUCUCGUUGUACAUACCGAUCGCACGUAGAGCAAUUUUGCAUGGUUUGCUAUUUUACUUUGAAGUGAGGGUCAGAGAAAAAAACAAACGAUUAAUUUAUUCCCCCCCCCCCCACCUCAUUCGCCUCUUUGCAUUAUCCCUUAUUCGUUGUUAGGUUGUAUGGCCGCAUUUCUUAUCGAACGGUCUCAUUUGUUUACUAAAAGAGAGCGAGUAACGAAACACAAGGCUUAGUUAGUCAGCAGUUGUAAGGUAUAAUAAUAGUGGAGCGGGGCGAUUCUUUCGUUCCUCGUUUAUUGAAAGAUUUCUCUCAUUGUAUUAGGGAAUCGAAAACUUCGUUUAAAUGUUGGCCCGAGUACGAGAGAGAGAGAGAGAGAGAGAGAGAGAGUGCAGUAGCAGAUAAGGGUGUCUCUUUAGUGACUAACGAUUGUAUCGAUUGCUUCUCCGGCAUUCUCUCAUGAUUUUAAUGAUUCAUCCGGUAUAGGCAUUUUUUUAGACUCUAGACACAAUGUAGAAAGAACAGACCGCCCCUAUCCCCUCUAUAAAUAAUAUUGCUUAAGGCACAACAAUCGCGUGGAACUGAUGAAUUGUCACAAGGAAAAGGCAAAUGAUGAUGGGAGGCUCAAGGGCCUCUCGUGUCGUGUACAAUGUACUACACCUAUGUAAAACAUAUUUGUGAAACGAAAAACAGAAAAUAAGAAAUCUUGUAAUGAAAUGAAA